CUGUCUAUUGUCGUAUUUAAACCUAUUGGCCGGAGGCGGCGAUUUCCGCGCAGCGGCGAGGGCGCGGUUGUACCUGAGCGUAGCUCGUGCCUGCAGAGCGUGAGCGCCACUUUCACCUGGUCGCUCGAGGUAGAUGCAAUUAUAAAGCAGAGAGCGAUUUGCCCCCGGGAGUGGCCAGUGCAAGAGUCCUGUCAUGGCUGUGGUGGGCUUUGAUCUCGGCUCGCAGAGCUGCUACAUCGCGGUGGCCAGAGCCGGCGGCAUAGAGACGGUGGCCAACGAAUUCAGUGACCGAUGCACUCCGUCAAUUGUGUCAUUUGGGUCCAAAAGCAGAGCAAUUGGUGUGUCUGCUAAAAAUCAGAUGAUUACACAUUCAGAAAACACAGUAUUUAACUUCAAGAGAUUCCAUGGCCGUACAUAUAACGAUCCUUUUGUUCAAAAGGAGAAAGAGCUUGUGAGCUAUUGUGUUGUUCCAAUGAAAAAUGGAAGUGUUGGAAUAAAGGUAACGUACAUGGAGGAAGAGCAUUUAUUCAGUGUGGAACAGGUAACAGCUAUGCUGCUGACAAAAUUGAAGGAGACUGCUGAAAAUAACCUCAAAAAGCCCGUAACAGAUUGUGUUAUUUCUGUUCCAUCAUUUUUCACUGAUGCUGAAAGAAGGUCUCUGCUGGAUGCUGCUCAGGUUGUUGGAUUAAAUUGUCUCAGAUUAAUGAAUGAUAUGACUGCAGUGGCUCUGAACUAUGGGAUCUACAAGCAGGACCUUCCAGCUCCAGAAGAGAAACCACGGCUAGUGGUGUUCGUUGAUAUGGGCCACUCGGCUUUUCAAGUAGCAGCCUGUGCUUUUAACAAGGGUAAACUGAAGGUGCUUGGUACAGCUUUUGAUCCCUUCUUAGGCGGAAAAAACUUUGAUGAAAAACUAGUGGAUCACUUCUGUGCUGAGAUAAAAGCCAAGUACAAAUUGGACCCCAAAUCAAAAAUAAGAGCCCUUAUUCGUUUAUAUCAGGAAUGUGAAAAGCUGAAAAAGCUAAUGAGCUCAAACAGCACAGAUAUUCCACUUAAUAUUGAAUGCUUCCUGAAUGAUAAGGACGUGUCUUCAAAGAUGAAUAGGUCUCAGUUUGAAGAAUUGUGUGCUGACCUCUUGCAAAGGAUAGAUACUCCCCUUCGUUCUUUGAUGGACCAAAUCCAAGUCAAAGUGGAUGAUGUGCAUGCUGUUGAAAUUGUAGGUGGAGCCACACGCAUCCCAGCUGUGAAAGAGAAGAUUGGGAAAUUCUUUGGCAAAGAUGUCAGCACAACACUGAAUGCAGAUGAAGCUGUUGCAAGAGGCUGUGCAUUGCAGUGUGCAAUUCUGUCCCCAGCUUUUAAAGUUAGAGAAAUCUCCAUCACAGAUGCAGUUCCAUACCCAAUAUCACUGCAGUGGAAUACAGAAUCUGAAGAUGCCGAGGGAAUUCAUGAAGUUUUCAGCAGGCAUCAUGCAGCACCUUUUUCCAAAGUCCUCACUUUUUACAGAAAAGGCCCAUUUGAACUCCAGGCUUUCUAUUCUGAUCCCAGUAGUGUCCCUUACCCUGAAAAAAAUAUUGGAAAAUACGUUAUCCAGAAUAUUGCAGCUCAGAAGGAUGGAGAAAGAACUAAAGUUAAGGUCAAAGUCCGUAUCAAUAAUCAUGGCAUUUUUGGUAUCUCAACUGCCUCUAUGGUGGAGCAGAUGAAAAUGGAAGAGAAUGAAGAUCCCAGUGUCGAAGCUGAAGUGGAUUCUCAGAACCAAAAUAAUCCUGAGAGUAGUGAUAAAAAAAUCCAGCAAGACAACAAUGAGGCUGGAGCUCAGUCCCAGGUACAAACAGAUGGUCAGGAAACAUCACAGUCUCCCCUCUCUCCUGAGGCUCCCUCUGAAGAAAACAAAAUCCCAGAUGCUGAAAAAGGAAACGGAAAGAAAAGCGAUCAGCCUCCGGAAGCUAAAAAGCCCAAGAUUAAAGUAAGGAACAUUGAAUUGCCAAUUGAAGCAAAUUUGGUGUGGCAGCUUGGAAAAGACCUGCUCAACAUGUACAUUGAAACAGAGGGCAAAAUGAUUAUGCAAGACAAACUAGAGAAAGAAAGGAAUGAUGCAAAGAAUGCUGUUGAAGAAUACGUUUAUGAGUUCAGGGACAAGCUGUCUGGACCCUAUGAGAAAUUUGUCUGUGAAACGAAUCGCCAGAGUUUUUCCAUGCUCCUGUCAGAAAUAGAAGACUGGUUAUAUGAAGAGGGAGAAGAUCAACCAAAACAGGUCUAUAUGGACAAACUGGCUGACUUAAAGAAAUUUGGGACUCCUAUUGAAAUCAGAUAUCAAGAAGCCGCAGAACGGCCGAAGCUGCUGGAAGAGCUAGGGCAUAAGGCUCAACAUUAUGCCAGGAUUAUAGAAGAAUACAGGAACAAAGAUGAGAAGUACAUUCAUAUUGAUGAAAGUGAAAUGAAUAAAGUAGGGAAAUGCAUCAGUGACACAAUGGAAUGGCUGCACAACAUACUGGAUGCCCAGGCGAAACAGAGCCUUGAUCAGGAUCCUGUAGUUCGUGUAAAUGAAAUCAGAGGAAAGCUGGGAGAGCUACAGAAUGUGUGUGAGCCCAUUGUAAACCAGCCUAAGCCAAAAGUCGAUUCUCCUAAAAGGGAAGAGUCACUAGAUUCACCUUCUAUUUAUAAACAUGAAGAUUUAGAAGAAGAAAUUAAAAACAUUGAGACAGCACAGCAAAAUGGUGAUUGUCACAUGAAUGAGAGCCCCAUUAAUGACUUGGACUAGACCAUUGCAUUUCAAUGAACAAUUUCAUCAAGGAAAAAGACUGCAACUGUAUUAUGUUAUAUGGGAAACAUGUAAUGUUUUGGGGGAGCUAUUUAUAUCUUGGAGUUCUGUUAUUAUGUGGGAAAAGGAUCAGUUAAAAAGGGUAGAGAUUGAGAUCAUGAUAAUCCUAGGAGGAAAAUUGCCUUGGUAACUUUCAGAUUCCUGUGGAAUUGUGAACAUUUACUGAAAUCUUCUGUGCGGGAAUUUAACCUUUUGUAUCAAUUAUAAGUCUAAUAUCAAGGGAUUGUUACAAAAGGUACUGCUCCUUUAAAAGGGUUGCACCUAGAGCUUUUGUAGAUGCCAAGGUAGUUUUUCUUUCUUCUCCAUUUUUGUUAUGUUUCUUUCAUUGAUAAUAGCAUUCAGUCAAAAGCCUACAUGGCAACCAAAUUUAAAGUGUUCUUUGUAUCAUUGUCCAAAAUGUUUGCUAGAAGAAGCAAAAUGUGCAGCAGCAUGAUGAAUUGUUUUAAGUUUUAGUCUCUUGCUCAACAAGAAUGUUCUCAUGUGUGGGAAACCAAAAGAAGGUAAUAUGCUGAUCCUGUCAUAAGUUCCUGUGAUGCCUUUAGUGAGCUUUAAUAAAGUUCAUUUAAAUGGUUACAG